GCCAACGGGCAGUCCCUCAAAGGAAGGUGCUGCAGACUGCAUCACUGAGGAGUAGGAGGUCAGAGGGAACCUGCAGCCCCAAAGGAGACAAGGAGAUGGGAGGAGGCAGCCAAGAACUGAUCAUGGAAGCUCUGGGAGGUCUUUGGGAUGUCUCACAAUUGGAGCAGCUCAACCUGGCACUGCCUGCAGUAGCAGCUACUUGGGAGACCUAGACCUGAGUUUCAGAGGAGAACUCUCCAGAUGUCCUCAAGUAAUGACCAGUUUCACAUCCCACCGUCACAAAGAAACACUGGUGGUGUCUCUGAGAUGAUUCCCAGUGACAUGAAGUUAUAUAUUAAAGGGGCUGUGUUAAGUUUUCAUAACAUCUCCUACAGAGUAAAAACGAAGAGUGGAUUUAUGCUUGGUAAGAAAACAGUGGAAAAAGACAUACUAUCCAAUAUAAGUGGGAUCAUGAGACCUGGCCUCAAUGCCAUUGUUGGACCUCCAGGUUCAGGCAAAUCUGUAUUGUUGGAUGUCUUGGCUGCAAGGAAAAAUCCUGAAAAAUUCUCAGGAGAUGUUUGCAUAAAUGGAAAACCUUAUCCUGCCAAUUUCAAAUGUGAUUCAGGUUAUGUGUCACAAGAUGAUGUUGUGAUGGGCACGCUGACAGUGAGAGAAAACUUGCGCUUCUCAGCAGCUCUUCGGCUUCCCACAACCAUGACCAAUCAUGAAAAAAAUGAGAAGAUUAAUGAGGCCAUUCAAGAACUAGGUCUGGAUAAAGUGGCAGAUUCCAAGGUUGGAACUGAACAAAUCCAUGGUGUGUCCAGGGCAGAAAGAAAAAAGGUCAUUAUAGCCAUGGAGUUGGUAACUGAUCCUACCAUCUUGUUCCUGGAUGAGCCCACAAACGCUUUAGACUGGAGCACAGCACAUGCUGUCUUUUUACUCCUGAAAAGGAUAUCUAAGAAGAGACGAACAAUCAUCUUCUGCAUUCGUGAACCUCGGUAUUCCAUCUUCAAGAUGUUUGAUAGUCUCACCUUAUUGGCUGCAGGAAAACUAAUAUUCCAUGGCCCUGCACAAAGGGCUGCAAAGCACUUUGCAUCAGCAGGUUACAACUGUAAGCUGUACACCAACUCUUCAUGGAUUUUGCUGGGCAUUCCCAGUGGAGUCCUCACGGCCAUGGAAUCAAAUGGAGAUGAUGAAGACCCUGAAUGUGAGAAGAUUGAAGAGUUUUCCAUAAGAGAUGAGCCAAUCAUAGAAAAUUUAGCUAAGUUCUAUAAAAAAUCAUCCUUAUACAGAGAUACAAAGGCUGAAAUAGAUCAACUCUCAGAAGGUCAGAAGAAGAGGAACUCAGCUUUCAAGGAGUUCAUCUAUGUCACCUCUUUUUGGAAGCAAUUCAGAUGGAUUAGCUGGCGCUCAUUUAAAAACUUCCUGGGUGAUCACAAAGCCUCUGUAACUCAGAUAAUUAAUGUAAUUAUAGAAGGACUGCUUAUAAGUGCCUUUUUCCUUGGGAUAAAAAAUGAUUGUGCUGCCAUCCAGAAUAGACUGUUGAUGUUCUUCUUAUUGAUGGAGUGUCUUUGUUUUAGUUACUUCUCUGCAACACAGCUCUUUCAAGAGGAGAAGAAGCUCUUCACGCAUGAAUAUAUGUGUGGAUACUACAGAGUGUCAUCUUAUUUUCUUGGGAAACUGUUUUGUGACUUGCUACCUAGGAGGUUGUUGCACAGUUUUAUAUUUAGUUUCAUACUCUACGUCAUAAUAGGUAUUUUAUAUUGUGGAAGUUUUUUUCAGAACUAAUGGCUCUUCAUUCCCAUGGCUUCAGUACGUCAGUAUUCCAUACUUCGGUCUGAUGGCCUUGCAGCAUAAUGAACUUUUGGGACAAAACUUCUGUCCACAACCCGGUGAAAAUGGAAGCAGUAGCUGCCCCAUAUAUGUAAUAUGUAAUGGUGAAGAAUUCCUGACCAGUCUGGGUAUUGAUAUCUCCCCUUGGGGCUUAUGGAAGAAUCACGUGGCUUUGACUGUUGUAAUGAUUGUCUUCUUCAUGAUUGCUUUCUUAAAAUUUUUAACCUUUAAAAAAAUUUAAAUUCUCCAUAA